CCAGGACGCUGCGGAUUCUGCUGGAAGUUGCUGUUGUGCGUUUGCUUAACGAGAUGGAGGUGAACAACAUCGAGCGGGAGAAGAGCGAGAAGGUGAAAAUCUCCAACCAAGUGAAGCACAUCCCGAAGGAUGCACAGGUGGUGAUGUCGAUACUGAAGGAGCUCGGUGUGCAGGAUUACGAGCCGCGAGUCAUUAACCAGCUGCUGGAGUUUACCUACCGUUACGUGACGUGCAUUCUGGACGAUGCAAAGAUUUAUGCCAACCAUGCGCGGAAGAAGGUCAUCGAGCUAGACGACGUCAAGCUGGCCACACAAAUGAUACUCGACAAAGCGUUCACGGGACCACCACCACGGGAUGUACUGCUGGAGAUAGCAAGGAAUCGGAACGUUACGCCGCUACCAUUGAUCAAAACACACUGCGGUCUCCGGUUGCCACCCGAUCGCUACUGUCUGUCGGCGUGCAACUACAAGUUACGGGCGGCCCAACAGCCAAAGCGAAUGAACAAGUCGGCCCUAGAGAACCGGUCAUCGCUGAAAGCGACCAAAAUAUCAUCCGGUGGCGGGUCGGAUAGCUCAGGCGGCAGUGUGAAACGUCCCUCGGUACAAUCGACACCGAAAACGCAGGUUGUCACCAUUCCCAAGCCGGUGUUUAAGCUGAGCGAAGCACCAAAAGUCACACCAGCAAUGGCAGGCAAACCACCGACCAUCAAAACCACCGUGUCGGCCGCGAGCGCACCGGGCGGUGGCGGAAGUCGAUCCACCUUACCCGGCAACGGUACGGCGGGUGUGGAAAUCAAAAUGGAAAUCGAUGAUCAGUAUGGGGAUGGUGGCACCGGGAGCGGAAAGCGCAAGCGGGAGGAAGAUGAUUUUGAAAUAGUUCCGUAAAUCGGGCCACUCUUAGGAGCGAAAAGGGCCAUCGA